UCGCCCUCAGGUACAACAACAAAGCGAGAACGACGUGGAAAGUACUGCAAUACUUCGGAGGUACAUUUUAUCUUUAUAUCGGUAAGGAUGAGCGUGGGCUUCAUAGGAGCGGGCCAGGUGACUCACGCACUGGUGCGAGGAUUCACCGCGGCGGGUGUAAUUGCAGCUCACAGAAUCACAGCCAGCUCCCCAGAAACCGAUCUCCCCACCGUCCAGAGUCUCCGGAAAUUAGGGGUACAUUUCACGACGAGCAACAAGGAGACAGUGAACAAGAGUGACGUCCUCUUCCUCGCCGUUAAGCCCCACAUCAUUCCGUUUGUGCUGGACGAGAUUGGACCGAACAUCGAGGAGCGCCACCUCAUCGUCUCGUGCGCCGCAGGUGUCACUAUCGGCUCCAUCGAGAAGAAGCUGCUCCAGUAUCGGGCGGCUCCCAAGGUCAUGCGUUGCAUGACCAACACUCCGGUGAUUGUGCGCGAAGGGGCUACCGUGUACGCCACGGGCACGCAUGCCGAGGUGGAGGACGGAAAGCUACUGGAGCAGCUGAUGGCCAGCGUGGGGUACUGCACUGAGGUGGAGGAGGACCUCAUUGAUGCCGUCACGGGCCUGAGUGGAAGCGGACCUGCUUACGCUUUCACUGCCGUGGAGGCUCUCGCAGACGGCGGAGUGAAGAUGGGCCUGCCCAGGAGGCUCGCCGUGCGCCUCGGUGCUCACGCGCUGCUGGGCGCCGCUCGGAUGUUAUUAGACUCUGAGCAACACCCCGGGCAGCUCAAGGACAACGUUUGCUCGCCGGGGGGCGCCACCAUCCACGCCCUCCACGUCAUGGAGCGCGGCGGCUUCCGCAGCCUCCUCAUCAACGCCGUCGAGGCCUCUUGCGUUCGGACCGGGGAACUUCAGUCGUUGGCAGACCAGGAGAGGAUCUCCCCAGCUGCCAUCAAGAAGACGACCCUGGACAAAGUGAUGCAGCAGCCGGGGGUGACUGUGGAGGCCGUGGGCGUGCGGUCACGUGGAAUCAGCAUCUUCAACAACAGCAACAAUCCCAGAGCAAAGAAGAAUUGAUCAAAAAUGAAGAGAAAUCACAUCAAUGAGACACUCAAGAGAAAUAACAUAUACACUAUGAGACACUAAAAGUGCUUUCAU